CAACGCGAGUCACCGCCGAGUUGGGACAGGCCUGGCUCAGCAGAUACGUCGUGUAUCUCGUGCGAACAAAGCGACCAGUUUUCAUUUCUAUCUCACCUGCUUCCAGAUUCUGCUACAUCGCUUUCUGGGAGUUGAGGAUUUCUCGAUCGGUAUCGCUGACAGUGGUCGCAGCCACUGGAAUGAAAAGAAAGAGGCGACAACCCCAGGAUCCAGCAGUAGUAUCCAAGACAGUGUUGGGCCAUAUCUCAAUCUAGUUCCCCUUCGUUUUGAAGUCACUCCGGAAGUGACCUUCGGCCGCCUGAUUUCCGACAGUCGUGCGAAGUCCUAUACUGGAUUGGCGCACUCUCAUGUGCCCUUCGACGUCCUUCUCAGAGAGCUGCAAGUUCCCAGAGCUUCUACAACACACAGCCCUCUCUUUCAGGCCUUUGUUGACUACCGUCAGGGUUCACAAGAGCGCCAGCCUCUGGAAUCGUGCAUGCUGGAAAUGAUAGAGUUACAAAUGGGAAGUACAAACUACGACCUGAGUCUAGACGUGAUAGACAACCCUGAGGGCGACGCCAGGGUCACUCUUAUGGGCCAAUCCACCUUGUAUUCGAAUGAUGACAUGAAAGCUGUCGCAGACAUGUUUGAAGAUAUUUUAGAAGAGUUUACAACAUCACCCACCAAGCACAUCUCAGAGAACUGGCAAUACCGACAAGCCGAUAUACAGAAGGCUAUAGACAUUGGUCAAGGUGAAGUCCAAGAGAAGAAAUGGCAUGACACGCUCAUUGAACAAUUCGAGUCCGUCGUGCCUCAGCAUCAGGACAAAGUAGCAUUGAUACACGCCAACGGGAUAUCGCUCACCUACGGUCAGAUGCAGCAACGCCUCGACACUAUUGCAGCCGCCUUGAUGGAUAACGGAGUCAAGUCAGGAGACAGUGUAGGUCUCUUCCAGGAGUCUACCACUGACUGGAUCUGUAGUAUGUUGGCUAUAUGGAAAGUAGGCUCUGUUUUCGUACCUCUGGAUGCGGGUACUAUAACGAAGCGACUGGCCAUGAUUGUCAGCGAUUGCCGACCUGCAGUAAUUCUGGUGGAUGCUGCUACGGUUAAGCAAGAACAUGAGAUGAAUGCCACUCGAGCCGCGUAUAUUGAUGUCUCAACUCUUUUGACGGAGGGCACAUCAGAUGCGAAAGUUGACGCCCGCGCUUCUCAGAAUGGGUCAGCAAUGAUAUAUUAUACCAGCGGAUCAACGGGCAUACCCAAAGGCAUUGCUGUUAAGCAUGAGGGCCUACGGGCUGUCUUUGAAAGCUCCUGUCAAUACUAUGGCGUCAAUGAGCAAGUCAUCAGUCUAGUGCAGAGUUCACUUGGCUUCGAUAUCAGUCUGAUUCAGAUGUUCAUCGCUUGGCCGGCCGGCGGCACUGUAUGUCUCAUUUCGCGAGACAUGCGCGGAGACGCCCUAAUGAUCAUGGACUUCAUGAUUAAACACAAGGUCACGCACACCACCGGCACUCCUUCGGAGUAUAACAGCUGGCUUACGGUUGGGGACUUGACCAAAUUGCGCUCAUCUGCCUGGCGGGUAGCGAUAUGCGGCGCUGAGGCCUUCCCCAUGUCACUGAUGGAUAAAUUGCGCCAGCUUGAUAAGCCUGAUCUGCAACUUUUCCAUAUAUAUGGUACGACCGAGACAACGAUAUAUGCCACGCAACAGGAGCUGAACUGGAAGGACGUGGGCCACUACGCAGAGGGUUCAGUUCCAGCCGGCUAUUCCUUGGCCAACAAGGCGAUCUAUAUUGUGGACGAGAGCCUGCAUCUCCUGCCUCUUGGAUUACCGGGCGAAAUCGUUUUGGCUGGCGUCGGUGUUGCUGAGGGAUACAACAACAACGAAAACAUGACGAAGGCAUCGUUCUUUCACAAUUCAUUUGCGGCUGACUGGAUGGUUCAUCAUGGCUGGAACACAAUGUACCGAUCGAGAGAUCGUAGCCGCCUCAUGGCAGAUGGCUCUAUUCUCAUCGAAGGUCGUAUAGGAGGCGACACCGAAAUCAAACUUCGUGGGCAACGUAUCGACUUGAAGGAUAUCGAACAGACAAUCCUGCGGACCGCCGAUGGUGUUAUUGCAGAUACAGUCGCAUCUGCACGAUCGAUAGCUAACGAGGUCAUCCCUCAGGGUCUCUUCGAUGAUUUGUCUCCCAAUUCUGACUUUUUCCAUGUGGGAGGAACUUCGCUUUUACUCAUUCGGCUACAAGCUCUUAUCAAUCAACGACUGGGUAUUCUCAUCCGGCUGGCAGACCUCUUUGCUAACAGUACGCUCCGGCCCAUGUCAAUAUUGAUCAACCAGCAUCUCGGUUCGCUUGAUGAAACGAUGAGGCUGCCUAUGAUUGAUUGGGAGUGGGAGACCCGGCCAUCCCCUGAUCUGCGUAUCGGUACGGCAGGAGAGAAUGUGGUUCGUCCAGCACCCAAACCAAGAUCCAUCCUGGUCACGGGUGGCGCUGGGUUUCUUGGUCGUUCGUUGCUUAGAAGCGCUAUGGAGAACCCACACAUUGAUCGUGUUCACGCCGUGGCUGUACGGCAGCUAGAGAAGCGCUUGGCUACCGGACUCCUACCACAACACCCCAAGGUCAUCUAUUACGAAGGAGAUCUGCGGGAGCCACGCCUGGGCCUUUCGGAGGCCGACGCUGAGUACGUAUUCACCGACAUUGACGCGGUGAUUCAUAAUGGAGCGGAUGUUUCGCACUUGAAGUCCUAUUACACGCUACGGCGCGCCAACCUCAACGCAACCAAAGAGCUGGCUCGCCUCUGCUUGCCGCGCCGCAUUCCGUUCCACUACGUAUCCACCGCGGGAGUGUCCAUGUUCACUUUCUGGCAGUCGUUUGGCGAGACCAGUGCCAGCGCGGCACAGCCCCCCACCGACGGGAUGAAUGGCUACAAGGCAAGCAAGUGGGCUAGCGAACGCUUUCUUGAGCGCCUCAAUGAGCAGCUCAAGCUCCCCGUUUGGAUGCAUAGACCGUCUGACAUGGUACGUGACGACGAUGAAGAGGCUUCAUGGGACUUGCUGCAUACGCUCCUCGGCUACUCGCGCAAGUUAGCGGCAGUCCCCGUGUCCGAGAACUUGUGGGGUUGGUUGGACCUCGUAGCCGUAUCACGCGUGAGUAACGACGUAGUGCAGAUGGUACACGAUAACCUGCCUCGUUCUUUAGACGGUGGCGUGUCCUAUGUGCAUCAGACCGGCGACAUGGCCAUCCCCAUCGAGGAGAUGAAGGAAUUCUUUGAAGAAGAGUGUGGGCAUACGCGCAAAUUCGAGAAGCUCCCCAUCGACGAGUGGGCCCGACGAGCAGAGGUCGCGGGCAUGCGGCCAGCGGUGGCGGCCGUCUUCGGAAACGUGCCCCGAUUGGCUCGCGCCUUGUGCUUCCCUCGUUUCGUGAAGACGUGGAGGCCGGCUGAAGGACAAGAGGGAGGCAUGCUGCUAGUUAGAAAUUGUGCGUGUGGUGGGACUAUCUCGCUGGUGUGGGGCGAAGGCUGCGGUCGCUGCGGGAAGAGUCCCGUGAUGCCAACCUGGAGUUAG